AUGCCAUCGGUGUUGUCUCUCUUCCGGCACAGUCGAGACAUGCCGCGUCCCGUCCAGGCCGGCGACGACGGACAGAGAACUGUGGCGAAAAAGCGACGAAGCCGGUUUUCCAUGGUGAUUCCGGGCAGCUCCAGCCGAACGGCUCGCAAGAGUGCCCCCUUUGACAGCGCCCUGGAACCUCUGGAAUGGAAGGGUGCGGCGAUGGCCGCAGACGUGCCGGAACUGCCAUCAUUCCCACUAUAUCAGCACUUUGCGUCGACGAGGCACCUCAGUGAUUCGCAUCAGAGGCGGCAGCGUUAUUAUGAGAAGUCAGAGCCAAGGGGGGAUCGAAGACUGUCUCGCGCGGCGACUGUUUCCGAUUUCCACUCGCUACGUCCUCAAAGCGAGCUGAUUCCGCGUAAGAGCGAUGUGACGACGCUGUCGACGAACGCACCCCCGGCAUGUGAUCGAGCUGUUGAGUUGGCGAGGCUCUAUCGGUCCAUUUUGCCCGACUUUCGUACCAUAUGUGAGGAAGAGGAAGAGAAGGAGGAGGAUGAGGAGAAGAAGAAGGGGGAAACGAGGGAGAACGAGGGUGGUAGGCGGGAACGGGAAGCGGGCGGGUACGGAGGGCAGCGACCAAAGAACGGUAGUCUCGGCGCAGCAUCGACGCAAGGUGUCACUGAAAAAGAGAGAGACAGACGGAAAGAUGGCGGCCUCUGUCCAGAAACCCACGCCGGCGAGCCACCGCAUCGUCCAGCAGGUGGUUGUUCUUCCCUUACCGCCGGGGCCUCCAAGACUUCUGCUGUCAAGCACCACAAGUUCCCGGACGGCGCUGCCCAACGGCACCAGCACCACCGCCCAUCCGAUCCGAACACUCCUGGGCAAAGUAAGCACGCGUGGCCGCUCCCCAUCCGGCCUCUACCACCAUCUUCUUCCCCGCAGACGACAGCAACUCCCGAGACCACAGAGGCGGGGCUCGUCCGGGAGACCGAGAACGAACACGACGACCGAUCAAUCCUCAGCCAACACAGCACCGUCGGCCUGCAGAUCUGCACCGAACUGCUCGUCGACCGGCUGAUCAGGGCGCUUGGCCUCCAGCGGCGGCACGAGAGAGGAGGUCACGCGGGGCCGAGCAGCCACGGCCGUGUUGAUGAAGGUUUCAAGGUAAUAGGCGAGAAAGAGAUGGAGAGGGAGGAGGGGGAUGGUACGGAACAUAGAGAGAGCAGCAGCAAACAGUUGGAGAUGCUGCUGCUCAUUGAGGCGUACGAAGGCCUGUUGGGGUGCUGCAGGAGAGAGACGGCGGCGACGGCGGCAACCAUGACCACCAAGACUGAGUCGGUUGAGGCGGGCGCCGGCGGGAACAACGCGGCACAGCCGGGCGCUGACAGGAGCAGCAGCAGCAGCAGCAGCAGCAGACCGGUCGCGGAAGCCGUGCCCAUCUUGGAACACUGGCUGGAGACGCUGCAUGCGCUGUAUGAGGCAACGUUCGAGGAGCGUGGGGAGGCUUGA